UACAAGUUCCACCAUGGUGUUUUGAAAUGAUAAUUUUAAACACGUUGCAUGGAAACCAUGACAGAGACUGAAAUCCUGAAAAUGUUAUGUCAAAAUUGUUGUUGAUAAAUAUCAACAGUGUCGAGUUCCUGAAAUAAAACACAGUUUUUAUAUUAUUCGAGUUCAAUAAAACUAGUAUUUAGAUGAAUAUUUUAUGUGGGUAGGUAGCUAAUUUUCAAAAUGAGUACUGGUCCAACUGUAAAAGUAAUAGCACCGGACCAUCGUCCUUCGGAACAAAAGGUAACCGAACAAGACAGUCCCGAUAAACAACCACUGGAUACAGUAGAAGAGGUUAAUGAAAAUGUGCUCAGUGAGAUUUUUGAACGUCCAUUUGAGCAAGAAGAUUUUGUCGAAAUACCCGCAAAAAUAUUUGGAUUGAAGGAAGUUUUGGAGCCGUUAACAAUACCGGGGUUAAAUAAUGCAAUAUAUGAACUGGGCGUGGUUAAUAUGUGCUGGCCUGAGAUCAGCGAACCCGUAUUUGAAACACGAACAUGUUUCCCGCCAAGUUACUACACGAACAGUCCUAAAGAACGUUUGCUUUUGGCUUAUGCGGAGAACUUUAGGCGCCAGUACAAUUUUCAUUAUAAACUACGAAAACCUAUUUUGUUGCAAGUCCCGAAUGAAUGUGGUUUACAGAAAAUGGUCUGCACUUCUAUAAGACCGACGAAACUGAAUUUUGAUGAAACACAUACUUGGGAGGGAGUUGCGUCGUUAGUUUCAGAUUACUUCGACUACGAGCCCUUAACCAAGCCGACUUUACACGUGAGUACAUAA